AUGGAUGAUCCAGGCAUUAAUGGCACGAAUGAAAAAGAAAUAUUUAUAAAUUAUAAUGAUUUUAAUGUAAUAUCAGCUAACAUUGAGAACGCGGAAAUUUGCUUAGAUAGACCUCGUGCGACGGACGGUCGCGUGUCGUGCGCCUCGUUGUCAGCGACGGCGACGGCGGCGAAUAUUGGGGUGGAAAGCGUCACCGGUGCACAGUGUGCACAGCAGAAAGAACGGCAGUUGCUGCCAUCACCCCUGGCAUCGCGCAGGCUGGACUUGGCUUCUGCUGACGCCGCAGCAGCGUCGUUCAGCCCCGUCGUCGCCACUGCCGCCACGCAGAGAUGCGCCACUGCGAAGAGCGCCGCUGCCGUCGAUGCCGCAACGCCGAGACCAUCAUAUAUUUACCUGGAUUCUCCUCUCGUCACUGAAAUCAGCAAGGAAGAUGUCAUGGAGCCGGAAACUAAGGAGGAAGACGAACGACAUUUGUCAACGUCGAGUCCUGAGUUCUACUUGAAGAAGAAUAAACAUUAUAAUGAGGAUGGCAGCAGCGAAGAGGAAGCUAAGCAGAAUAUCACUUCUCUGCCUAGCUACAGGCCACCGUCUUCGUAUCGUGGAACGUGGCCCGUCAGAAGAGACAUAUGGGCUAAUCAGCAGAUUGGCUUUCCGACCCAGCAGAGCACGUCACUCGUUGCACACAAUGAUGUGGCCAGCGUGAUGAGUUUCUCAUCAUCGUCGAACUCCGCGGGAGGUUUUGAAAGCAACUCUGCAGAGCUGCAGGGCCAUCGGCGACUAGGUGCCAAGGUGGACGUAGUCUACAAUUUACUGGGUAUGCUCGAGAAGAGCGGCCGAGAUGAUAUGAGCACAACUCUGCUAUCUAUGAGUACCUCCAUAGAUAGCUGUUUAGUAAUGAGACAAUCCGGUUGUCUGCCACUACUGAUACAACUGAUCCAUGCACCCGGACAAAAUUCCGACACUCGAGAUAGAGCUAUGCAAGCGUUACAUAAUGUAGUGCACGCUAAGAGUGACGAGAGGGCUGGUCGUCGGGAGGCGCGAGUACUUCGAUUUCUUGAACAGCUGCGCGACUACUGUCAGAGUCUGAAGGUAUCCCUGGAGCGUGAUCAGUCUACGGAUGAGGAGAGAGGACACCCUGCGGCGACCAUAGCCGCGCUUAUGAAGCUAUCCUUUGAUGAAGCUCAUCGCCAUGCGAUGUGCCAGCUAGGCGGUCUUCACGCAGUCGCGGAACUCAUUGAGAUGGAUCAUUUAGCUCACGGCAGCGAGAAUGAUGAUCAGAACUGCAUUACAUUACGACGGUACGCGGGGAUGGCAUUGACCAACCUGACGUUUGGCGACGGCAACAACAAGGCAUUGCUCUGCUCCUUCAAGGAAUUUAUGAAGGCGUUAGUCUCACAACUAAGAAGUCCAAGCGACGAUCUCCGACAAGUAACGGCGAGUGUCCUGAGAAAUCUAUCUUGGCGCGCUGACAGCAACAGUAAACAGACUUUAAGAGAAGUGGGCGCGGUAACAGGCCUAAUGAAAGCCGCCAUGGAAGGUCGCAAGGAAUCAACUCUCAAGUCGAUCCUGUCCGCUCUAUGGAACUUGUCAGCCCAUUGCAGCACAAACAAAGUGGAUAUUUGCGCCGUGAACGGCGCAUUAGCCUUUCUUGUAGAUAUGCUCAACUAUAAAGCUCCAUCCAAAACACUUGCGAUAGUCGAGAAUGCCGGCGGUAUUCUAAGAAACGUGUCGAGCCACGUGGCGGUGCGAGAGGAUUAUCGUGCUAUUGUAAGAGAGAGAGGCUGUCUGCAGGUUCUUCUGCAGCAGCUGAGAUCGCCCAGCUUAACAGUAGUUAGCAACGCCUGCGGAGCGCUCUGGAAUUUAUCUGCGCGAUGUCCCCAGGAUCAACGACUCCUUUGGGAUUUAGGCGCCGUGCCAAUGCUACGCAGUCUCGUUCACUCCAAGCACAAGAUGAUUUCAAUGGGUUCUAGCGCGGCUCUGAAGAAUCUGCUGAGCGCCAGGCCCGGUUGCAACAAUCUUGUCCACUUGGAUUCCACCGCUCGUGGACUAGGACUGUCGACUCUACCAAGCUUAGUCGCUCGCAGACAGCGAGCUUUGGAGCAGGAGAUCGAUCAGAAUCUAGCUGAAACUUGCGAUAACAUCGAACCAAGCACAUCGCCAACUAACAAGAACGACAAGUUUACAUUUAAGCUGGAUCAUAGUUUCCUCGGCAUUAACACUCACGGUCUGCGCUCCUAUCAGUUGCACAGUCAGUCUAGCACAUCCACCGCCAAGUGCAAUGGAGUCGCCAGGAGCGAAAGCAGAGACUCGAUGCGUUCCGUGACGAGCACACAUUCCGAUACCAUGUUCGAACGAGUGAAUCGUCACGUUUUGAAUGGGACAUCACUUACCAACUCGCAAAUUAAGCAGCAAUCCUUGUCGCUGCAUUCCGCUGUCGGAUUCAAUGAUAACGGCAUUUGUAGUGAUGAUACUCACGCGAGAGUCACCUCCUCCGAGAGAAAAUACGCUUUGCGUUACAAGAAUGCAAUACCAGAACAACUAAGACCGUCCGAUGUUUUUGAUCCGACGUUAAACGAGUUGAGAUGCACGAAUUCUACUAUAUCAUGGGCUGCAGUACCUAAUCAAGAAUCCUCUCAGAUCUCUCUACACUCCUCUAUUGAAAACACAUCUGUGAUUGAUCAAAGCGUAUCGUCUUCGUCUAAAACUGGAAGUCAGUGUAGCGUCUCCGAGGAAGUCGAAGAAACCGUUCGCAGUAAAUCAGAUUAUCAGCGAGCAACCGACAGUUCGAAGCAGAUCCCUUAUUUGUCCAAUAUUUCUUCUAUGAAAGAGAACGCGAGGAAAGUCUUAUUGCGUCAACAUGACACACUAAAUAGCAUUCAGAAAACAAUAUUGCCCGCAACGAUUGUUCAUAGUCCGGACGAUAAUUUAUUCGGCGAUUAUGCUGAAACAGAUUUGGACCAACCGACCGACUAUAGUCUACGCUAUGGCGAGCAAACGAUCGACGAGAAGCAACAUUCCGACUUCUUUUCGGGCAACGAUCAGGGACUCCAUGAGGAUACGGUCAAGACUUACUAUACAGAAGGUACACCGCGCGAGAUGUCUUUGAACUCAUCUAGGGCCACUUCCGCCUCCGAUCUGCAGGAUGACAGUCGUAUAAGAAAUUCGUCGAAAAAAUUACCGGAGCGAUAUAAGGCGAAACACAUGGAGGAUUAUGGUGAAUGUAAAGCAUUGUCUUUGACGGACGUACCGAAACCAAACUUUACUGAAACGAAGCUGAAUUUACGAGACGUAAUGCAUCUCACAGAUGACGAAAGCGUAAAUCGUUCGUUACCUUAUCUCGAGGACGAUUUAAGACAGCACGUUAAAGACAAUCGAGAAAACGCAACUGUGCAAAGCCAUUCAAGUGUAAGAACCACGCCAAUUUCAAUGGUAUUGGGAAAUACUGAAUAUAAUGACGAUCAUAGCGGGGAGUCCAGUUCGAGGAUUAAGAAUUUAGACUCCAAGCCAAAUAACUGGAAAGCAAACAAGGAUUUACCAAGGAAUGACAUUGAAUUCCCAUCUGGCAGCAUGGAUUUAAAAGCUUCCAAUAACGAUUCAGGAUAUCAAGUUAGCGACGAGGAUGAUGAGGAUUUACUAGCCGCUUGUAUUAACAUUGGAAUGCAAAAUAAUCGGCAUAAACAUUCCUUCAUAGGAAAUAAUCUUGAAAAACUUCCUCGUUCGGACGAUAAUCUAUCUCAAUAUCAAACUAGUUUUGCUUUGCAUCAAGUUGAGCAUAAAGAAAUUACAGUAUCCGAUAGUCCAUCGUUCAAUAUUCAAUAUGCGGAGUCACAUGGAAUGACAGUUGGAAACGUUUUGUCAGAGAAAAAUAGAGAAGACAAAGAUAAUAACGAAAAACUGUCGAGAAACAUUCAAUUAGAAACAGUAACAGUAACGACGAACGUAAAUAGCGAAUAUAGAUGUAAUAAAAAAUCAAAUAACAUUACAACCAUGAAAACAACAAAUAAAAAUAAUCUCAGCAAUAAUUUCUCAGAAGAGACAAUAACUAUACUACAGAAAUUUAAUGCAUCCUUAGAUAAAAACGUUUCCAGUGAUUUUGUCGUAACUAAUGAACGCGACGCAGAUCAAAAAGAUUCCAAUGAAGCAAUAGCUGAUGUUCCACUUGCAAAUGUACCAUCUAUGAAGCAAUUAAAAGAUUUUGAGAGCAGCGAGUCGAUUGAUUCUGUCGAGCAGUCCGAACAUACACUUUUAGAACUGUGUAUUCAACCCGGUAUAAAAUCCGAAGGUAAUAUCAUUUUCAACCAAAGUAACGCAGAUAACAUUAAAUCGCAGCUGAAGUUAUACAACAAACAAAUAGACUGUAUAAAAGGAAGAAAUAAUGAUAAAACCGAGAUUGACGGUAACAUGAGCGGAAAACUGGAAACAACCUUCGAAAUUGUGAGAACCUCAGACAUUCUACAUCGCGACAGCGCGGAGAAACAUAUAAAAGAAGAAACGUAUAGACGGCAGAGAGAUCCCGAUGCUAUGAUUGCUUCGUUAGACCGAUUAACGGCAACUCUGGUUCAGCAAACCGAAGCGAUACGUGAACGAGACUCCGGUGUGAUGAAGCAGAGUCUGACGUGCGAUACAUGGAACGAGGAUUCACCCAAUGACGUUUCCUUCCCCAGUAUCAGCAUAAGUGCGCCAUUGAUCGCUUCGUUCAACAGCGACGCACUGGAUGAUCAGCGUACCACUAUAUCGGAGAAUAACGAGCAAACCAACAUGUCAGAGUCGAAGAUAAUCCAACGUGAGGCUAUCAAGCUAGCGGAGGCGGUGGAUGCAGAGUCGAACAAUCACAAUGAGCUCGAAACAACAAGUCUGACGUCUAUCGAUCUCGAGGCGAUCAAACCGCCGUCCUCGAUGGGAAGUUUACUUUCAUUGACUACGAGUUACACUGAUACCGCUGACAACACCGAAACGUUCGUUAAUAGGGACAGGUGUCAUUCCACGUCGCUACCACCAAUGAGAAGUGCCAACGAUCUUCGUAACGUGCGGAAGAAGUCCCUACCGGUCGGUAUGGUGGCCAAGCGAGCGCUCGGCCAAGGUCAGAACCACACGACUAGCUUGGAAAAUUUACUGAAUGAAUGUACCAACUCGCAUUUGGAGAAUGUUAAGCCACCAUCGAUGAUGGAUGAACUACCGGAUGUGGGUGACAUGGAAAACAGCAUGCUGAGUGUGGCUAGUAUCACGUCGGAAAUUGCGGAUUCAAAAGAGCACGAUUCGCAUAGUUUGACCGGUAACGACUUGGCAGUGUUCGAAAUGCUGAAACCGGUUGCCAACGUGCUGUCCAUGACGUGUAUGCGUUACGUUGAGGGCAUGCAAAACAGCGCGAGCAACAGCCUGAGCGAAUGUCUGGAGAAUAUUAACCCACCAUCCUUGUUCAAUGAGGUGACUGAGAUGGACGAGUCCACGAUGGAGGCAACUCCCGACACUAUGUGUAGUGACACUCUGUGCACAGACAUGGAGCUCCAUACCGAGGCGAUACAUUCGAUCGUGGCAGAGGUGAUUGACGAGAUGGACAAUGAUACCGAUGAGGCAACCACGCCGAUUUCGUCCGAGUAUUGUGUUAGUAGUUCGGCGGAAUCAACGCCAAAAAGGCGGUCGCAUUCGAGAAACUAUCUGACUCCGAAGCAAAAGCGAAACUUAGCGAAAGAGAGAUACAAAACAUAUACCAUUGCCGCAGAGAUCGUUAAGAAGGAAAAGGAGGAACGCCGGAGGCAAGACAGCAAUGUCAAUGACGUAAGUAACCGAAUUCCACGCGGAAAAUGUUCUUCCUUUUCGAAACUAACGCCGAAGCAACGUAGACAAGAAAAUAGAGCAAGAUUCCAAACGCAAGUGCUGGAGAAUCCCUUUUCGGAUUUGAACGCAGCUCAAAUUAAGGAGGAAGCACCGCAUAAGAUGACUGUUGAAAAUGCUGUUGAGAAAGAGAAAACCACGUCUCCUGUCAAAUCCUCGAUCCCUACGUUCACCAGGUUGCCGGUAUGCAAAGCAUUGAGGAGGAAACAUGGGAAUUCGCAGGAAAACAAGGAAAGGUAUCGCACGAGGAUACUGGACGCUUCAGAGACCGUGUUCAAGGAGAUUGAAUGCAAUCCUGCUUCGAGUAUCGACAUGACAGAAGAGAGGCAAGGAUCAAGCUCGCAGAGAAAGAUUCAGAGCAUGCUAGAACAGAAUACCAUCACCAUGUUGAAGACUUUAAAUGAGUCAGGUAGAGCUAUUGAUUCGACUGGAGAUAACACUUUGCGAUGUGAAACCGUUAUUUUAACGUCGAAUGAUCCCGAGUCAGAUCGCAAUAUAAAAAUGCGUUUCGUGAAUGGACUUUCAAAGAAACUGAUAAAUACACAAUAUGUUAAUGAUACCCAGACUCCUAUGGCAAACGUUGACAAUGAGGAAUUGGAAGGUGAGCACGUAGAAAUCGCUUAUCUGAGUUUGGCGAAUCCAGUCGAUUUAGUUGAUUCAGACAGCGAUGAGAAGUCCAAUUGCGCUGAUGAAACACAGGAACCCAAAGAGACAAAAAGACCACGGAUAAUCAAACCGGGAGUACCGGGUCGAGAUCCAAGUGUGGAUUCUAAUGGGACGGAUAAAUCCGAAUCGGAGAGCCCGAAGGCUAUUCGAGGACGAAGAAAAGCGCUCUAUUCUAAUCCGAUAACGCGAAAGCCGACUCCGCAGUCCUCACCUUUAAAGCAAAUAAAUCCUAUCAGCGGAAUACCAAUAGGUCGCAGUAACACUUCUCCCAUUGUUAGAGCUACUAGAGCGACCACCUUACGGCAGAAUAACUAUAGUACGAUGGUUACCACGAAAGACUCUCCGAAGUCUAACACGAGCCCCAAAAGGAUUUCGCCUUCUUUAGACACGGAAAAGAUGCGAAAUUUAACCCUAUCCAAGAGGGCCUCCGUGCCUCAAAAAGGAUCUACAUUAACCUUUACAAAAUCCACAAAGAGACACAGUACACCCCUGGCUUGCUCAUCGAAUCAGAAUGACAGCAGACCAUCGGAAGUCCCAAUCAAACUGUUAGAGCGUCAAGGAACUUUUACAAAAGAUGAGCCAGAGAUGGAAAAUGCCCCGACAGUGCAUUCCGCAUCCUCCUCUCCGAUAAAAACGAGAAUCGCUAAGCCGGUUAGAGGCGCUUCGUCAAAAAUAUAUCCGGCAGCAGGAAAAUUCAAGAUCUCUGUGAAGGCGCAUCAUGAGUAUCAGCCAAAAGUGACGCUAGUUAAUAGCUCCGAAAAAAUACAUUCGCCUAAAGGGUUAUUAAUGGCGAAGAAAAUGUCAUCUGGAAAAAUAGGCGUGCCAACAAAAGUCCUUAACAGUAACGCGCUUCAAAAUGACAAGAUCGAGCCACUAGGACAACAAUCUAACAGCAACUCUAAUUCAUCUAUGGGCGUGCAAAAUCGUAAAUUGGCGAAAGAGGCAACAAGCAAAAUCGCGAAUCUUUGGAAGAAGGUCGAGGAAAGCAAGAAUAAGCAGCGUUUCGAGAAGCCGGACACCAGGCAAUGGAUAAGACCUAUUAAUAGCGCUACCGAGGUGGACGCCGCAACCAACGUUGUCAACGAUCCGCCGGUAUAUAAACUGUUUCGCAGUUCCACGUUCGAGGGAAUUUGUCAGGACAACAGUGACGACAAGAUGUCGCCAUCCAAAUCCAAAUUCAACCAACCACCGGUUUCAAGUGCACAGAUUGGACCUGGCGGUCCCAAAUAUAGAAAUUCGUGCGAUUUGACGGGCAUGAGUGCCCAUGAGACGCCGUGCAAGAUCCCGGUAAAAUCCUCUGAGACGUACAAACGAGAAAUCAAGCAAUUGGGUGACAUCCUGGUGACCAUGAGGAAGCAAUCAGGCACCGAUUUCGCGGCAGACGCGGACCCUACCAAGAGAAUAUCCAGACUCGGUUCCUUUAUUCGCGUAGCAGACCCAACAACGGCAGCGGCGGAAAACAGUGACAGCGGCAGCGUACGAAUGUUAGCUUCAGCGAUCAUAUCGCCCUACAAUUACAAUCCGAAACCAAACAUUUCAACGGUGCAAGCGGCCAAAAUUAAAUCGGAUGAGGAUCAGGAUAAGUUCGAGGCAGUGGAUUGCCAUGCGGAAAUCACUACGGGAUCCGCUCGGAUAACGACAGUGUAGAGGGACGAAUCUCUCAAACAAAGCGCGAAUAAGUUCUGUAAUCGCCUUCUCUUUGUUCCUGGCUAGUCAUUGUGUAUAUUUGCUUACUCUGUCCGCACAUAUUUGUUACAUGUGAUACACAGAUAGAUUAUUUUAAUCAUUUUCUUGUCUCAUGUGCCGUGUGUACUUUCAACUUUAUCAAGAAUAUAAAACUCAUACAGCACAGAACAUUCCAACGUUUCUGCAAUAUUGCUGAAGUGUUGCUACAAUAUUGCUAAAAUGUUAUAUUGUAUUCUGUGCUGUAGAAUAGUUAUGAUAAUAAUCCCUUAUACAGCACAAAAUAUAUUCUAGUAAUAUUGCAGCAAUUUUACAAUGUUAGGUGUGUUUUUUAAAAUCAUUGAUCAAUCACAUUUAUGUGCAAAUGCAACUUUAUUCUGUAAAAACUACAUUUGUAUAAUGCGAUUGAUUAAUCGAUGAAUUUAAAAACUUGCCUGUUUUUACAAAAUUACUGGAAUGUUUCAAUGUUGUUAGUAUGAGAUGUUAUAUAUAUAUAUAUAUAUAUAUAUAUAUAUAUAUAUUUACACACAUACAUACAUACUAUAUAGUACUCUGUAUCGUAUGAGCCGUAAUCUCGUACGCAUCGCGAUGCCAACUUCUUCAAUAAUGAUAAAAUGUGAAAUAUCAAUAGAAAAUCUCAAGACCAUUCUUGUCCACUUUAUCUGUUGUAUAUAUACAUGACGAUAUAAAAUAAUUCCGAAGUUGAAAGAAGAGAGAGAACCAGUUCGAAAAUUCAUAAUAUGUAGCGAUUAUUCUGAUUGGUUAUUUAUUCAAUUUUGUAUGUGUAUGUGUGUGUGUGUGUGUGUGCGUGUGUACACACACACACACACACACACAGGGUGAGUCUUAAUGGUUGUUUCCACGUUUUACCAUAAGAGAUAACUUACCGACUGCAUUCAUAAAAUUUACUAUAAAUAAACGUUUAUUAAAUUUUAAGAGUGCAUUCGAUGAGUCACCUCUUAUAAUAAAACGUGGGGAUAACCAUUAAAAUUCACCCUGUAUGUAUAUCGGUACAUGAAAGUGAAGGAUGUAGAAAGUUUUAAUAGCAUGUAUUUAAACCUACGAUGUGUAGCACGACGUGCUGAUGAUACAUUGUUAGUGAUAAAUCUGCGUAUUCGAGGAUGAAAAAUCAGAGAAAGAAGGACGAGGCUUAGUGUUUCAUUUCCUUCAUGUUAACGGAUUAAUACCAUCUCUUGUAAACGGAUGCAAAGUCUAUUUACUUUUUGAAGACUGAUAAGUAAGGCGAUAAAGAUCUGGAGUAAACGCCUUCGAUCAAAAAUUGUAACGAGGAAGUACCAUUUGUAUUGACCAUGAACGUAGUGCGGUCUAAGUAAUUUACAAAAAAAAUGGUAUACAAUAACGGCAAUUUUGUAUUAUUUUGAGUUUCUAGUCUACAAGUCGUGUAUCGUCUAUUUUCAUCACAUGUUACAUAUAUAGGAUGUUUGGUAAUAGGUGAAAAAAAUCAAAGAAUAAUUCUAGAUUAUAAAAUAAAAAAAUAAGAUUAACAAAAUUGCGAUUAAGGCUUUGUUUUUUAAUUAUAAAUGUUUAUUGCUGCUUUAAACACAUUUUAUAUAAAUAUUUAAAUAUUUAUAAAAAAAGCCUUAAUUGUAAUUUUGUUAUAUUCUUUAUUUUCAUCUUAUUAUCGAGAAAUAUCCUUUAAAUUUUCUAUCAUCUAUUGCCGAACAUUAUGUGUUAUUAACACUCGUUCUGUUACAUUAAUAUCGAUCUUCUUUAGAAAUAAAUAUAUUACUAAAGAGGUGUACGGAUCAAUGAAAUCACAUAGAUCUGAGAUCGAAAUGUUAUAUAUGUAAUUAUUAUUUAAUAUUCUGUCUUUCAUUGAAAACUUCAAUAUAUUGCAAGUUUUUUUAAUUUUAAUUUUAUUUUUAAUUUUAUAUCGUUACUCUUUUCUUAUAUUCUUUAUGUAUAGAUUAUUUCAUAUCAACUUUUCUUUUGCGUGGAAACUAUAUCGUCAUCCAAUUCUCGUCGGAAGAUUAUUUGAAAGAUGAACAUAACACGUAACUCAAAAAGUUUGUAGCAUGUUAUACAUGGCUCUACUAUUGAUAAAUCCAUAUGAUUUUUAGGAAGUGCAAACCUUCAAACGUUACGUGCCAAAAUUUCAUGACAAUCUGACGUUUAGUUUACAAUUUACAGUGGUUUUAGUGCUGCUACUUUUGUAAUUUUUAAAACAAUGGAAAAAUCUGAAUUUUGUGUGUUGAUAAAGCAUUGCUUUUUAAUGGGAAAAAAUACCGUUCAAGCAAAGCAAUGGCUUGACAAAUACUUGACAAAUACUUCCCAUUAAAAUGCAAUGCUUUAUCAACACACAAAAUUCAGAUUUUUCCAUUGUUUUGAAAAUUACAAAAGUAGCGUCACUAAAACCACUGUAAGUUGUGAACUAAACGUCAGAUUGUCAUGAAAUUUUGGCACGUAACGUUUGAAGGUUUAUACUUCCUAAAAAUCAUAUGGAUUUGUCAAUAGUGGCGCCAUGUAUAUGUCAUCCUACGAACUUACUGAGUUACGUGUUAAAUUUAAUAUAUUUACUUCAAUUUUAAUUUAAUCGAAAAGCCUUUUGUGAAUUUUACCCUGUUCCAGUUCAAGUUAAUUAGAUUUAACUCCGCUAACUUGGAAUCAUAUCAGGGUAUCUUUAUGUGUUGUUCCUUAAAAAAUGUUAGUCUGUACAUCACAGAUAUGUUUAUAAUUUCUUUUUCACGCCAUUUUAACUCCGCUCUAAGUUUUAAGAAUAAUAAUAACUUAUUACAUAUUGCAUUACAUAUUUUCUUAUAUUUUUUCAAUUUUUCAGAUAUUUAUAUGGUUGUAUAUUAUUAUUUGCAGUACAAUAAAAUUUAUAUAGCUAAGAAUAUUUCCUCUGCCCCGUCUUUCUCAUAAUCUAAACUUGAAAGGAAUCAUUGGUUGUUAACAAUUAAUAAACGGAAUAAAAGGUGUAGCAGAUAAAAAAUUUUUAUUGAUUCUUUGUGCGCAAUUAUUUAUCAUAAGUAGGACAUUCAAAUAAAUUAAUAGACUUAUCCUCGGAUACUGACGCAAUUAUGUUAUUUCGCUGUGGAUUAUACUUGACCGACCAUACCUAUUAUUAAAAAAUUGCAUCUAUUAAAAUCUUAAAAAACUACAAUGAAUAAAACUGAAAAUUACUUUAAAUUUAA